AUGGCGGCUGGUGCAACCCUCUUCAUCAUCCAUUUCCUAACCUCUUCGAAUCCCCAAGACAUGACGCCGUUUCCGAAUCCUUCCUACAUCGCCGACGUCUGCGAGGACCUCUCUGUCUUCCCCCCGCCACAGUUCCCUUUUGAUCAUUCCUUCUCUCUCCACUCUCUCUCUCUACGUUCGAGAUCAGCAUAUGCCGACCAAACCGCCUUGAAACAGCCCAAUGAGCUCGUUCGGAGGAAUGGUGGUCUCGGUGGUGACUACAUCACCAUGCGCCGGGCUGUUGAAAGCAUCCCCCGAAACAUAUGGCAAGCCCAACCUCGUUCGCGCCCGGAGCAUCUUGCAAUCUGGGCCUGUCAACUUGUGCUCAUGGGACUCCUUGAAGGAUGCCGUGUUGGUGGAAGCCCACUUGGUGAGAGUUCUUUUUUUAGAUAG